AUGGUGGUUGACGUUAUUGAAAUAGUUCUUAAAGAUCUUUGUGUUCGUGAUUUACUUUCGGCACUUCUAGUUAACCGAGUAUGGAGUCAAGCCGCCGUUCCAUUAUAUUGGAAAGCUCCAUUCAGUCAUACAAAGAAAAGAAGUAUGCUCGCACUAAAGAUUUAUAAAUUAUUUCUUGAACAAGAAAGGGGAUCGGCAGGAAGCUCUGCAGUUCAAAAUCAACCACUUUAUGAUUAUCCCAUUUUUCUCAAGGAACUCAAUUAUACAAACCUACUUGCGUGCGAAGAAACCUAUGAUAGGUCAAGAAUAGUUGAAAAAAUAUUUCAAAUGUUAACAAAUCGUGAGGUUCAUCUUAACGCUUUUAUUAUGGAGAAUACCGGUGCAAAUAACGAAAGAGUUUAUGGAUUGUGGACGAAGCCAUGUUAUGCAUCAUUAUUCAGUUCCCUUGUUCACGUCGAAAUACAUACACCUUUUCCAAAAAAUAAUGUCAUGAAGGCAUUGGCAAACAAUUGCACUAAACUGUCUCAUAUUGAUAUCAAUCUUCACGACACUUCUGUUGAGCGUGCAAAAGAGUCGCUCAACUAUCUUGAAGUACUCAUCACCGCCCAGAAAAGCCCUUUAAACCUUCGGUUAGUGUUUCCAAACGGAACUGGCAAUAUUCUAAUCGAAAAAUUAUGUACAGGACUUGAAUCCUUCAAACGUCUCGAACUUGUAAAAUGGAACUUUACCGGAUGUUAUUGGGGAUGGUUGAAAAAAUGUCCUAAUUUGACCGAAUUUGCAAUAACCGAUCCACCACCAGCUCAGGUUACUAGCACUUUGGGCAUUGAUUUUGAAACUUAUCGUUUAAAAAUGUCGAAAAAUUCAAAGGUUGUAACUGCACAUUGGCAUUUCGAUAAAGGUGACAAAAUUUCUUCAAAAUUUUACUUUCAUCCAGAUAAAACAUUGAUGGAACCGUAUGAUGAAAAACCUCCAGUUGUUAUCCAACCUCGAGUAAUUCGCAAAAUUGAUAGUGCUAAAAAACAUCAAUAUAUGUUGGAAAACUUAUUAAAACGUAUGGAAUCAGAAUUUUUCGAUAAUUUUUAUAAAUCUUCAGACAUUUCCGAUGAUUUUAAUUUAGAUGAUUAUGAUUACAGUUCCGACGAAUGGAAUAAUUGCUAUGAUUAA